AUGGCAGCAAGCUUGAGAUCAUUCAGACUACUUACAGUCAACACCACGCCGGAGCGCGCCAAACGUGUUGUCGGUCGACUAACUGAGACUCUGAAAGACAGAUAUAAUAUCACCCAUGUGGAUAAUUGCCAGAAGAUUGAUGAAGUAACUUCCAAGGUCGAGCUACACAAGCCUGACGUUCUGUUCUCAGCAUCUAUGUGGACGCCCGAAGAACAUCAGCAAAUUCAUUCCCUAGCGCGCGUCGCCCUACCGAAUAUCAAACUUCUUGCCAUUCCCACCGGUCUCCAUGUUGACAAAGGUCCGGAUGGAAUUAUUGAGUUUCUCGAAGAGCAGGCCCCAAAGGUUCUAGAAGCAUGA